AGCGGCGCAUAUCUUUCGAUAUCCCAAAUGUCGCUGAAGUUAUCUGAUCUCUUACCUGCACCGUCUUCUAUCACAGACGAGUACUCACAGGUCCGAAGAGAUCCAUGGUUCCGCGGAAGAGAGGAUGCAUUACCCACAACAACAGCUAUUGUAGUAAAGGAGCCGCCACCAUAUGGGAAACGUCAAGGGUUCAAACCACGUACACCUGAGGACUACGGCGAUGGUGGAGCAUUUCCGGAGAUUCACUUUGCCCAGUUUCCGCUUGGAAUGGGCAUGGGAGAACGAAAAGGAAAAAAUGAUGGUCAAAUUGCUUUGCAGUAUGAUGCAGAUGGUAAAUUGAGGCAUGAUGCCAUUGCUAGGAUAGGCCACACAAAAGAUAAGAUUGUUUAUACAAAGCUGAGCGAUAUGCGCGCGAAAGUGUGGGACGAGGAUGACGAGGAUAUCCAACGACCUGAUGAGGAAACAAUUGCUGAGCAGACGGAGAAGACGAGAUUGGCCCUGGAGAAAAUUACAGAGAGCAAGGUUGCAUCAGCUUUACCUGUUCGACACGCUGAGAAGCAAGCGCCUCCGCAGUAUAUCAGAUAUACACCUAGCCAACAAAGUUCCUUACAUGCAGGAGGUUCACAGCAGCGCAUCAUCCGGAUGGUUGAGGAGCAGAAAGAUCCUAUGGAACCACCGAAGUUUAGAAUCAAUCAGAAAAUCCCAAGAGCGCCCCCUUCACCCCCAGCACCAGUUAUGCACAGUCCUCCACGGAAGGUUACUACAAAAGAUCAAAACGAUUGGAAAAUACCACCUUGCAUUUCCAACUGGAAAAAUCCGAAAGGUUUUACGGUGUCUUUGGACAAGAGAUUGGCAGCUGAUGGUCGAGGAUUGCAACAGACCCACAUUAAUGAAGGUUUCGCGAAAUUAUCUGAAGCCUUGUACAUUGCUGACAGGAAGGCUAGAGAGUCCGUGGAAGCCAGAGCACAGCUGGAGAAAAGAGUGGCGCAACAUAAGAAACUUGAACAAGAAGCUCGAAUGCGCGAAAUGGCGGCGAAGGCUCGACAGGAGCGUGCUGGUAUAAGAAAGAAGGGUGAAGACGAAGAUGAAGCUGUGAAAGCGAGAGAAGAGAUCAGACGAGAUCGAUUGGAUGACAUUCGUAAAGAAAGGAAUAUUGCUCGCAAUCGUCCCGAUAAAGUGGAUAAACUCAUG